AACUCACGUGACUCGAUGUCAGGUGACAAACCGCGGAAGCGAGACCCGAGUGGAAACGCUUUCCUCAUUAAACUCUUCUUCGCUUCACUCCCAAGUCCGUUCCGCUCCUGACCACAAAAUCGUUGUGUAAACAGAUGGUCUGUAAGACAGGUUGCAGUCGCUCUCAUCGGAUGGUUCAGGCGGGAUACCAUCAAGUAUCUGUGGCCUUAUUUAAGAGGACAUUGUCAGCGUUAUAUGUGGAGGUGUUCGUUUAAAAGCAAACCUAACAUACGGGUUCUUCAGGGAAAGCUCGGCUAACUUGUUAGCUUAACACUGUUAGCAGACGUGCUGUGCGUGAUAUUCCAGUUUUCUUACUUUCUUUUAAAACUCUCAGCUACGACGUCUGAGCCAGACUUCCAAACUCGAGUGGAUAUUAUGUACUUAGCAGGCGUUUGUGAAAAUAAAUGCGUAAGUUACCAAGUUUAGUUAGUUUGGUUGCGGUGACAGUGUAUGCAGGAGGCCUCAGACACAUCUGCAGGACAUAUUUAGUCUAAAACACAAUUUACCAGUCUGAAAUACCCCUCUGGACUCAGUAUAUAAGACACAUGAUCCGCAGGUGUGCCAAAUGCUCUAGUUUGCAAGCUCGCUAGGUCAUGACAUGGUAGGAGGGGAAGGAGCCUUGCCCACCAACAUCCUUAGAAUUUCACCAUCUUUGGGCCGUUUUUGUGGUGAUCUUUUAAGGUCAGUGCAGUUUUGUUGCAGCAGGAUCAUCAACAGUGUGUGGUGAUGCUGUGUGACUCGCCUGAUCAUCUCAAUCUGCGCGCAUUGCUGGCUGCCUGAUCUCAGCUGGUCUUUCUCCUUGUCAAGUCACUGAAUAACGACCAUCAUGUCCGACAACCAGGGUAAUGUGAACAACAACAACGUCCCACUGAACAACAACCGGAUCCGGAACCCGGCGAUGAACCAGAACCCCCUGAUCAACGUGAGAGACCGACUCUUCCACGCCUUGUUCUUUAAGAUGGCAGUCACAUAUGCCAGACUCUUCCCACCAUCCUUCAGACGAAUAUUUGAGUUCCUCGUCUUGUUGAAGGCAUUGUUUAUGCUCUUCAUCCUGGCCUAUAUCCACAUUGCCUUCUCACGCUCUCCAAUCAACUGUCUGGAUCAUGUGCGGGAGAAAUGGCCCCGCGACGGUAUCCUGCGCGUGGAGAUCCAGCGCAACUCCAGCCGCGCGCCCAUCUUUCUGCAGUUCUACGAGACGGAGGGAAUCCAGGGCCUCAUGAAAGAACCAGAGGAGGACGGAAGUGAACCCAGACAGCCAAUGGUGCCCACAGACGCUGAGGAGGAGGAAGAGAUGACCAUGGAGAUGUUUGACAACAGCACAGUACGGUUUGAGCUCGACAUCGAGCCACGUCUGAAUCCGUCGAUGAGUGGCGGUGUUCCUGGCUCCAGCCUGAAUGAAUCCCAGGAUCUGUCCUUCAGCCAGGCCCCCUCUAAAGUGUGGCCACAAGAAGAGUAUAUUGUCGAAUAUUCUUUGGAAUAUGGAUUCCUACGACUGUCCCAGGCCACACGGCAGCGACUCAACAUCCCUGUUAUGGUGGUGACCCUGGACCCCAUGAAGGAUCAGUGCUUUGGAGACGGUUUCAGCCGCUUCCUCCUGGAUGAAUGCCUUGGCUAUGACGAUAUCCUGAUGUCCAGUGUGAAGGCUUUAGCAGAGAAUGAGGAAAACAAAGGGUUUCUGAGGAACGUGGUCUCUGGAGAACACUACCGUUUUGUCAGUAUGUGGAUGGCUCGUACCUCCUACCUGGCAGCCUUUGUAAUCAUGGUUAUCUUUACUUUGUCCGUGUCCAUGCUGCUGCGGUACUCGCACCACCAGAUUUUCGUCUUUAUAGGUAAGCUCCCAUCAGCCUCUUGGGUCUUCAACACUGUGAAUAAGCCAUUACUUUUAACUCUACUGUCUCUCUGGUGUUUGCUUUUGUUUUUCCCAGUGGACCUUCUCCAGAUGUUGGAGAUGAAUAUGACCAUUGCCUUCCCUGCUGCCCCUCUCCUCACUGUCAUCCUGGCUCUUGUUGGGAUGGAGGCCAUCAUGUCUGAGUUUUUCAAUGACACAACCACUGCCUUUUACAUCAUCCUCAUUGUUUGGUUGGCGGACCAAUACGAUGCCAUCUGCUGCCACACCAAUACAAGCAAGCGCCACUGGCUCAGGUUCUUUUAUCUGUAUCACUUUGCCUUCUAUGCAUAUCAUUACCGCUUUAAUGGCCAGUACAGCAGUUUGGCUUUGGUCACUUCCUGGCUCUUCAUUCAGCACUCAAUGAUCUAUUUUUUCCAUCACUACGAGCUGCCGGCCAUCCUGCAGCAGAUCCGGAUCCAGGAGAUGCUGCUUCAGAACCAGCAGGUGGAUCAAGGAAACCAGACUGCAUUGCAGGACAAUCUCAACAACAACACUAGCAGUGCUGCACAUGCUGGUCAAGCUAACGCAGCUGCUAACGUGAACACUAAUGGCCAGGACCGGCAAGAUGCUCAGGACCAACCUCAGCUCGAAACCCACAAUGAUUUGGUGGUAAAUACUGGUCUGUCAAACUCCGACCUUGACUGGAUGGCUGAGAUCGCCAUUGGCCCAGACGUCCUGUCAGUUUCACAUUUGAGCGACUCGCUUUUGGAGCCAGGAGGGUUCCAGGAACCAACAUCGUCCAACGCAGGCGUAACGGAGCUGCGUGGUCGGAGCACAGCAGGAGAGAACCAAGUCAGAAACAUUAGCGCAGCAAGCGUUGCUGCGGGACGGGGUUGUGCUCAGGGUCUGGGUCCCCCUGGUGAUGGAGGAGGGCAGACAGAAUCUGAAACGUCCUCUGCAGUGACCUCACACACAGACUGCAGAGUUGCAGAAACGCUUAAAGGUGCCACUGACUGUGAAGUCAAGAUGGAGAGCAAAAGCGAUAGCUCAGACUCCCACUCUGCCCCGGCUUGAGUCGAGCUCCCCCAUUCAGAACGAAUGAAUUCAUGCUCUACAGUCGCCACCCCUCUCUGUAAAUUAAUCCGGAAGGCAUCAAGGAGAAACCGUGAUGGGGCUAUAUAUAAUUACAUCCUGGAAACCUGUAACAUGAACAUGAGGAGGGCCGAAGCAGACUUCUGGUGUCUAGUCAUGUUCUUAAGAGUAAAUUCGUAUUGAAUUGUCAAAUGAUACCAUGUGUCAGGAUGUGAUCAUUGAAGUCAUUAAAUGUUUUUUUUUUUUUUUUUUUUUACAUGGUUGAAACAUUUAAUACAGGGAGUAUUCCGUUUAAAAUGUGAUGUAUCGCUCAAUGAUGGUACUUUCGUUGCUCCUGAUUAUGGAGUUACACAAUCUGAAUCCACAUUGUACUUUGCACAUCUUGUGCAAGGUCUGUUUCGGCUUUCUUUCCACCUCCUCUACUGAUAUAACAUUAAUGCUGCCUAAGCAGUGAAAAUUCAUUUAGUCACGUUAAAAUUGUUUUGGUCCCUACUACGUUUGUUCACUACAGCGAGCCACCAAAAUGUUCCUUAUGCGAUUUGAAGUCUAGCUCACGACCUGCCGUUGUGUUCAGGUUUGGUAUUGUCAUAUGUAUGGAGCAGUUUGACUCCUGAAUCCGAUGCUAUUAGUGGUCAGAAGUGCUUUGAUGUAGUUUAUUGGCGAGUCUGCCAGUCAAAAAAAGUGGACUGGUGAUGUCAGAGCGACAUUAUACUCAGAAUAAGUCCUCCUUCCGCUUUGUCAUGGGGUAAUUUCUGUGUUUUCUAAUCUUCAUCAAGAAACAUUUGUUUUUGUGGAUAGUUUAGAUGGACGGAUGUUGUCUUUUGCACACUCAUCAGCAAGUCGUUAGUUUUUCUUCAGGUGAAGUCUGGCUUUGAGAAAGCGAGUGGAUAGAUUAUUGCCUUAUUCUUCUAAAACUGAACAUUAACCUUGUAUUUCCAUCUUUGGUAAUGUACAUUGGGGCCGAUAGCCUUACCAGAGGCUUCAAAGCCAGUACAGAAAAUAGAAACUGAAGCAGGAAUAAACAUGUAGUUACUUAAGCAGACAUUUUUUUAAACCGCAGUAAGCAGUGAAGGUCAGACUGUGCUCAUCUCACAGCAUUGCAGCCCAUCAGCUGAAGUUACUGAUCUGGAAAUCUGUUGUCUUUACAUAUUCUGCUUUUGUAGAGGUUUCUCCAUAUGUUUGACUUGGGAUGAUCGGAGGUUGUCUACAGUACAGACUUGUUGAUCUUCAUGACCAUGUGUAAAAACGCACCGCAAACUAAGAGAACAAAGCAAACUGUUGUCUGUUGUGACAUAUGACUGUGGAUUGGGAGGGUCAUUUAAAGGCUAUGCAACAUGGCAAAUUAAAGCCAGGCUCUGUCUUUUUUUUAAUUGUGCAAUAUUUUUAAGGCUACGAUCCAUAAAGGAUUCGAGGUCUGAAAGAUUGAUUUAUUGUUUCAUGAUCAGUUUUGUGCCUAUUUGACAUUGUCAGAAAACAGAUGAUUGUAGUGAUUGAAUGCAUGUGUAGGAUGUCUAGACAGAAACUGAAAAUAAUAAUUCUCAGUUCUGUGAUAAACUUGAUUUUGUCACUCAAAUGUAUUUAAUUGUAAUGUUUAAGAACUGCGUAAAGAGAUGAAAUUAAUUUCCACUUAGAA